AAAACUAAUCCACAACAACAUCUCCAACAACACCUUCCACUGAAUCAACCAUGAAGCAAACCCUAGUUCUUGCUCUCUCCCUCCUUGCUUUCUUCACCAACCUUCCCUUAGGUUUCUCAAAUGAUGUUGAACAAGUUGUGGACAUAAACAGUAACCCCAUUUUCCCAGGUUUCACAUACUACAUCUUCCCAGCAAUCCGUGGUCCACCCGGUGGUGGAUUGAAACUUGGCCAAACUGGGAACUCAGAGUGCCCUCUCACUGUCCUCCAAGAUUACUCAGAAGUCUUCCGUGGCCUCCCUGUCAGAUUCACCAUCCCCGGAGUCAGCCCUGGAAUCAUCUUCACAGGUACCAAACUGGAUAUCGAGUUCGUAGAGAAGCCAUGGUGCACAGAAUCCUCCAAGUGGUCGGUGUUCGUGGACGAAGAAAUCCAGAAGGCAUGUGUGGGAAUUGGUGGUGCCCAAGGUCAUCCAGGGCAACAAACUUUUAAUGGAAAAUUUCACAUUGAGAAAUACCAAUUUGGGUACAAGCUUGUGUUCUGCAUCACUGGUUCACCAACUUGUUUGGAUAUUGGGAGGUUUGAUGCACGGAACGGUGAGGAUGGAAGACGCUUGAAUCUCACUGAGCAUGAAGCAUUCGAUAUUGUGUUCGUUCCAUCUUUUGAAGCUGAUAAGGUUAUUAAGUCCGUAGUUUGAACCUAAUUUCUCUAGUUAAUCAGUGUUGAGUUAAUGCAAUCAUGUGUUGUUGUUGUUUUGAUUUGCAUUAUCUAAGUGAAACUCAUCCAUAGAUUGAAUAAGGAAGAUAACGGCUAUGCUUUCUUGAGUCAGAUCUUUCUCUCUUUCUUCUCUUUCAAACUUCGUAUGAAAGGAAGACAUUAGAAAAAUCUUAGGUUUAAUAUUCUGAUACGCACGUGGUUCUGUCAUGCACAACUUUAAACACCAAAC